UGAUUGCGUAGUAGACUAAAAGUUGGGGGACUUUAGACCACUUUAAUAAUUUAUCCUGGUUAAAAUCUCAUACAUUGCUAACUUUUGGCUAGAUAUUAAUGACUUUAGUAGCAAUCAUUGGAAUUAUGACUGGUGUUGUUGGUAUAGUUUGUCUGGUACUUACUGGCAUUGUUUCAAGGUCUACAACAGCCUCAGCAGGUAUGAAGGAACACCAAGAUGAUGGCGGGUGCACCAAACACGAAGAAAGAUUGCAAAACUAAGACCCCUCAAGACUGGCAGAAGGAACUCUCUCCAGAGCAGUAUUCUGUAACACGAGAAGGCGGCACAGAACCGCCAUUUAGUGGGUCAUAUUACAACCACCAUGGAGAGGGGAUCUACCAGUGCCUCUGCUGUGGAUCAGACCUGUUUAGCUCAAAGGCAAAGUUUGAAUCUGGUAGUGGAUGGCCGUCCUUUCACACACCUGAGGGUAAAAAAGGCAGCAAUGUGGAGACGCGUACAGAUAUGUCCCAUAUGAUGGUUCGAACUGAGGUCUUGUGCAGAGAAUGCAAGGCACACUUAGGCCAUGUGUUUGCAGAUGGGCCACAACCAACUGGAUUAAGGUAUUGCAUAAACUCCAUUGCUCUAAAAUUCGCUCCUAAGAAGGUCACAUAAAUCCCCAAAAUUUAGCAUUAUGAAGGUGUGUUUUAUCCCCCCCCUCCCCAUCAUCAGCUAUAAUUACUGUACUGUAGUUACUAGGUGUUCCUUGAAAUUUUAAUAUCCAUUAAUAUGACUGAAGAUCUCAAUAAAAUAUACUUUUAACUGAGAGUACUUACAGGGUACAUGAUAAUGUAAUUCUACCAUCAUUAACAAUGGUAAUGUGCAGUCAGUGUCCACUAUAAGUCCAUGAUGUGUUUCUGAAAACCUGUUUGUUAUGCAGAUUUUAACUUUCCAUCUAAAUCCAUGUUAUAAAUUGAGAUAUGACUCAAUAUUCUUCCCCCCAAAAUUGUUUACCGGUACCCCCCAAUUGCCUCAAAUAAUGACAGAUUGUUGAAAUAUGAACACAUAAUAGUAUUGAGAAAAUGAACAUAGUUUCUUAACUUAAAUAAUUGUAUCCACUUACACUGGACUUGUGGAGUUGUUAUUGAUGAAAAGAAAAAUUAUUGCUUUGGGGUAGAAGGGCAGCUCUCAAGGAAUGUUAAAGGGGAUUUUGCAGGAGAUGUAGCUGUUGUUGAUUUUGGUGUUGUUGGAGUUGAUGGAGGUCUUUUUUUUAAUAAUUUUCCAAAGAAAUUUGUUAAGUUAUUUUUUCCUUCAUAAUGUGCUCUCGGGUAUAACAAAAUACUCGUUCCUAAUACAAAUUACUGUACAGUAUACUGUGAACACUGCUAGCUUUGACUGUUUCUCAUGCAAAACUACCAAAACAAAGGAAAAGUUGCUUCAACCUCAACCUCAUGUCAGUGGACAGGUCUAGUACAGGUACAAUGGACAGUUGCUUCCAUUUAUAACAGGUACAGUGGCUGGCAUGUUGUGUGACAUGUGGCACCACUGCUGUUUACAUCAUAGUAAAACUAGCAGAAUGGGCAGAACGAACCUUGCUAUAGUAACCAGACCAAGGAUGCUAAUAAGUAGUCCCCCCCUCUGUCUGUGAAUGCACACAUUUCUUGCAUGGUUAUAAUUUAGAUACUGUACUGUAUACAGUGGAUUACCAAGUAGAACAUUGGCUCCUAUCUGUUGUCUGGUGGGCAGUGGUGCCACAUCAAACAAAACACACCAGUCACUGUACCUGUUAUAAAUGGAGGCAACUGUACUUGUGUGGACUUACAUACAGUCAGAUAUAUGGUUGCAUUGUAAAAAAGUAUGCAUCUGUGAAUGUACAGUAAGCAGCCAUUGGCUGUAUUUUAGUUUUAUAAAAUUAAAAUACUGUACCAUAAUUAGAUAUUGUGAAAGAAAAUAUUUAAAAAAAAUAACAUGUACAAAGUAAGAAAUGCCACAUACGAAAACUCAAUAUUUUUUUCUAAUUUUUAUUUAAGUUGAUGUGACAGGCCAUCCUUACCAGUCAUGGUAAGGUAACAACCCAUCAUGUACUGUACUGUAUACCGGUACUUGCCAUCAAGUCUAAUCCCAUAGAUGUGAUCACUGCAUGUAACAAGUUUUAAAGAAAUUAUUCCCAGGUAUUUGAAGAUGAGCAUUUUAAAUUUAUAAAGGUUGUUAUUUUGAUACUGUACAGUACUGUAUAUCAAUAAGGCAUCUAAUUAUCACAUUUACUAUUGAUAAGGCUCCCUUGUACACUUGUCUCCAAGUUAUUGUUCAUACUAUACAGUAGGGUCCCAGAGUACACAAGGGUUAUGUUCCAGGGACCCCAGCAUAAGUGUGAAUUUGCAUAUAUGUAUUCGGGUCCCCCAGUAUAUAUACGUAUAACCCCUUUUUUAUACUAAGGUAACGAACUCAUAACUUCAAAGUUUGUUACACCACUCCUUAGUAAAUCCAGUAUCUUAACUUUUUCUUCAAAAGUUCUCACAGUAUACACUUUUAUCUUUUUCUCUCUCUCACCACCAUGAGCUCUGCCAUUAAGUUUCCUCUUAGGGGCCAUGAUUGUGGUAAAAUUCACCAGUAAAGAAAAACUUUAUGAUCGUGAAUGCCUGGGAGAUGUUCAUGGAACCAGUGUGAGAGAGAGGACACCUUGGCAAUAAUUUAACCUGAGAUAUCAUACAAACACCUUAAAUGUACAAAUGGACACAUAUAAUAAACCUGUGGUAUCAUGUGAACAUUUUAAAUGCACAAACAAAUUCUCAAACCAUUCUCUGGGCUAUGCGGCACAGUUCAGCCAGGCAGUCACUCAGUUGACUCAGAGACGUUUGCGUGUGUGUGUGUGUAUGUUGAGAUGGGGGAAGAAAUGAGGGUGGGUGGCGAGUCGGCAAUGCUGUUACGGCCCACUGCCUCCACACGAAUGUUCACUCCAUGCACGUACACAGCCUUGCCCUUUAUUUUUCUUAUUUUGUAGUUUCAUAUUUUAUUUAUUUUUUCUAAGGGAUGUGAGGGUAUUGUAAUGAUUAUAUUUAAAUUUUUUCUCUCAACGAGCAUGGACAAGUGAUAAACACGCUGAGCAAGCAAGAGAUGCUGAGUUGGCUCAUGCAAGAACACGACCCAAGCGUAAGGGCAGUUCAAAGGGUUAAACAUGUAUAAGUUGGGUCGCUUACUAUGGGUACGCGUACUCCGGGACCCUACUGUAAUAUGAAUUACCUGGCUAAGCUACCCAAGAAAAUCUGUUACGUAAUUUAUAAUCCUUAUAUUUGACCUUUUUUCCUUCAUAAUUAUAAAUAUAGAAAUAUAUUGAUUUGGCAUGCAUGAUGUUUGCUCCUGUAGGGUUAUUUGAUUGUUUCUAAUUUCUACAAACUGAAAAAUAUUUUGUUAACUCAUGAUUGUUAGCUCUUAUUUAAUGUAGUCGUUCAAAAUUAUUUAAUGUAAUAUAUUAUUUAGGGUAGAAUUUGAGUGAUUAUUACUCCAUUGUUACUGUUGACAAUAUACUGUAGAGGUUUUAAAAGUGGUGGCUCAGUGGAGUGCUGAUAUAUACUGUAGAUACACAGAUUAAAGGAAGAAUUAAGUAUGUGUUAUGUAGAAUCCAAAAGACAAUUACAGUUAACACAUUUUAUUUAAAAAAUAAAUAAAUGUGUGCUUAAUUAAAGGAGGAUGUAUUUUUUUAAAUAUCUUUAUCAGAAGACAAAAUACUGUUUAGUGUGUAUUAUAGUACAGUACUAUAGUCCUAUAGUAAUUGCACCUGUGAUAUUUCAUUUUAUGAUUACAUAAUUAUUAGGAAUUUUUUUAUCAUGUUUUAUAAAAUCUGAAAAUAACCCAUGUACAAGUACUGUACAGUGUAGUUGAAUCACCAAAUGCAUCAUUAAUAUUCAUCUGUCAAUGUUUUAUAUAUUUUGACAAAGUAACAUUUCUAUUUCAUAUGAAUGCUGUAAGUGAUAGGUUGAAUUUAUGAAUGAUUUGAAUGUGUUUUUUGUUUUGUUUUUCAUUGAAACACUUAACUUCAUUAAUAUUUUAAAAGUACAGUACUGUACUGUACUGUACUGUAUAUGCACAGUACACAAGAAUUGUUAAAACGGUUAGUUUGGAAUGUUCUUUUAUCUUCCCAUAACUCAUGAUGGCAUGUGAAUAUAAAAGCUUACUAUUACCGUAACCCUUUUGCCAGCUGGCCUUCCUUUCCAAAUCUCGUCCAUAGACUGGCCAAUGACGCAAAUUGUUUUAUUCAAAAUUAAUAGAUUUUUGUUUGAAUAUAUUUUUUAGUUACAUUUACAGGUAAAUUUAUGUGAAUUUUUUCUUCUCUAUUUAUUGAAUUAUAAUUAUAAACUGCAGUACAUAAUCUGACUAACUGUAGUUGUAUACAGUAAAUGAUAUGGGAUGGCUGAAAAUGUGCGUGGAAACAUAAGGUCUUAUGCGCCAAUGUGAGCACUCGUGGACCGCGUAUUGAUGCAAAUAUCAUCAUCAGCCGGCAAAGGGGUUAAUAUUAGGUCGGCUAAACAACCAAGAAAUAUUACAUAUGGUGAUAAAAGUGCUUAAUCCAUGGUAAUUAAUGGUCUUUGAUAAAUUUUCUAUACAUAAUUGUACUGUUUUGUCAUGAAAUUUCUCACUUGAAGGCAAAAAUCACAAAAGGUAUUUAAGCCUGAGUAGUUCAAAUGCACCUAGAUUACUUGGGUGCAACGUGCCAGAGAUUUAAAUAAAUAAGAUUAAUCCUACAGACACUCUUUGUAAGUGGAUACAUUAAUAAAAUUUAGUAAGUAAACAAU